AAUAUUAAAAAUAAAAGAACCAAGUUUGUUUAUUUUUAGGUCAGAAUAGAUAUACUCAAAUGAUUGCUGCACCAAGUCCAUUACGAGAAAAACAAGUAGCACGAUCUAGUCCAGUUACACCACAUGCAGCAGCAACAACGAUUGUUCAUCGAAAUGAUGAUUCGCCAUUAGCAUCAGGCACAAAAAGAGCUGCUGAAACAUUGCCUUGUUCUCUUCCUAAACGGAAGAUUGUAAUAAGUAGCAGCGGAUGUGGUGGCGGCGACGAUCAGUUAGAUGGCAAAGAAGAAGAAGUCGAUCAAAGUCAAACAAAUGAAAUAGUUGGUAAAUUCAAUCGAUUAGUGAAACAAUAUACACAACUUGAAAAAGAUUUUGUGAAAUUACAACGAAAGCAUAAUGAGUUAAAAGCAAAUACCGUUCCUCGUCCAAAUACAGAAGCUGCAAACUAUAUUUUACAAUUAGGUAAUGUUUUGGCUCCGAAGUCGGUUGAACAAGAAGUAAAUGAUAAAUAUGGUACAUUGUUGGGAAUUGAUCCUGGUGUGUUACGUAUGUUAAAAGAAGAGACACAAACUUUGACGACACGUGCCAUCGUAAGACAUUUAUUUCCAAGGAAUUUAAGAGACUCGAUGAAAAGUGAUGAUUUUGACGAUCACCGACGUUCAGCUAUUCAUGAUUACGUUAAAUUAAUUCAUAGUGGCGAAAUUUACAAGAAGUAUAAAAUUAAUGAAGCUAUCAAUGGUGUAUUUCGGUCAUCCCGUUAUGCAAAAAAACAAUCAGUUACUUCAUCAAAGGAAACAGCAGCACAACCAUUAGAUGUUUAG